GCCGGCCGGUGCAGACCCAGGCCCCAGGGUGCCGGGAGCUGGAGGCGGUUGGAGAGGGGGCGGUGGCCGCCGCUGGGUCGCCGAAAGUUGCCCUCACUGCAGAUGGACACUGAGGUGAAAUGCACGCUUGCUGCCCCCCAGUAACUUUGGAUCAGGAUCUUCACAGAAAAAUGCAUAGCUGGAUACUGCAGACUCUAGCGUUUGCUGUAACAUCUCUCGUCCUCUCCUGUGCAGAGACCAUCGAUUAUUAUGGGGAAAUCUGUGACAAUGCAUGUCCUUGUGAGGAAAAGGACGGCAUAUUAACUGUGAGCUGUGAAAACCGGGGCAUCAUCAGUCUGUCUGAAAUUAGCCCUCCCCGUUUUCCAAUCUAUCACCUCUUGUUGUCCGGGAACCUCUUGAACCGUCUCUAUCCCAAUGAGUUUGUCAAUUACACUGGGGCUUCAAUCUUGCACCUGGGUAGCAAUGUUAUCCAAGACAUUGAGACUGGGGCCUUCCAUGGGCUACGGGGUUUGAGGAGACUGCACCUGAACAAUAAUAAACUAGAACUUCUGCGAGAUGACACCUUCCUAGGCUUGGAGAACCUGGAAUACCUACAGGUUGAUUACAAUUACAUCAGCGUCAUCGAACCCAACGCUUUUGGGAAACUGCAUUUGUUGCAGGUGCUUAUUCUCAACGACAAUCUCUUGUCAAGUUUACCCAACAAUCUUUUCCGUUUUGUGCCCUUAACGCAUUUGGACCUGAGGGGGAACCGGCUGAAACUUCUGCCCUAUGUGGGGUUAUUACAGCACAUGGAUAAAGUGGUGGAGUUACAGCUGGAGGAAAACCCCUGGAAUUGCUCCUGUGAACUAAUCUCUCUCAAGGACUGGCUGGACAGCAUCUCCUAUGCUGCCCUGGUGGGGGAUGUGGUUUGCGAGACGCCCUUCCGCUUACACGGAAGGGACUUGGACGAGGUAUCUAAGCAAGAACUUUGCCCAAGGAAACUUAUUUCUGACUAUGAGAUGAGGCCUCAGACUCCCUCCAGCACCGCGGGCUACUUACACACCACCCCAGCCUCAGUGAACUCCGUGGCCACUUCCUCCUCUGCUGUUUACAAGCCCCCAUUGAAGCCCCCCAAGGGAACCCGCCAACCCAACAAGCCCAGGGUGCGCCCCACCUCUAGGCAACCCUCUAAAGACUUGGGCUACGGCAACUAUGGCCCCAGCAUUGCCUACCAGACCAAAUCCCCGGUGCCUUUGGAGUGUCCCACCGCGUGCACUUGCAACCUGCAAAUUUCAGAUCUGGGCCUCAAUGUCAACUGCCAGGAGCGAAAGAUCGAGAGCAUCGCAGAACUGCAGCCCAAACCCUACAAUCCCAAGAAAAUGUAUCUGACGGAGAACUACAUCGCCGUGGUGCGCAGGACUGACUUCCUGGAGGCCACUGGGCUGGACCUCCUGCACCUGGGCAACAAUCGCAUCUCUGUGAUCCACGACCGAGCCUUUGGAGACCUCAGUAACCUCAGGCGGCUCUACUUGAACGGCAAUCGCAUCGAGAGGCUGGGCCCCGAGUUGUUCUACGGUCUGCAGAGCCUGCAGUAUCUCUUCCUCCAGUACAAUCUCAUCCGCGACAUCCAGCCUGGGACUUUCGAUCCCGUCCCAAACCUCCAGCUGUUAUUUCUGAACAACAACCUGCUGCAGGCCCUGCCCUCGGGGGUCUUCUCCGGCCUGACCCUGCUGAGACUCAACCUGAGGAGCAACCACUUCACCUCCUUGCCCGUGAGCGGAGUUUUGGACCAGCUGAAGUCGCUCAUCCAAAUCGACCUUCACGACAACCCCUGGGACUGCACGUGCGAGGUGGUGGGCAUGAAGCUCUGGGUGGAGCAGCUCAAGGUGGGCGUGCUGGUGGACGAGGUCAUCUGUAAAGCGCCCAAGAAAUUCGCCGAGACGGACAUGCGCUCCAUUAAGUCCGAGCUGCUCUGCCCAGACUAUUCGGACGUGGUGGUCUCCACGCCCACGCCCUCGUCCAUCCAGGGGCCGUCGUCGAGGACCAGCUCGGGGACGCCCGCCGUGCGCUUAAACAGCACCGGGUCCCCCGAGGGCUUGGGAGCCGGGGCCGGGGCGUCGUCGUCGUCGUCGUCGUCGUCUUCUUCUUCUUCGGUGCCCUUGUCGGUGCUGAUCCUCAGCCUGCUGCUGGUGUUCAUCAUGUCCGUGUUCGUGGCCGCCGGCCUCUUCGUGCUGGUGAUGAAACGUCGCAAGAAGAGCCAGAGCGACCACGCGAGCACCAACAACUCCGACGUGAGCUCCUUCAACAUGCAGUACAGCGUGUACGGCGGCGGCGGCGGCGGCGGCGGGGGUGGGGGCGGCGGCGGCGGCGGCGCGGGGGGCCUCCCGCACGCGCACGGGCACCACCGGGGACCCGCGCUGCCCAAGGUGAAGACGCCCGCGGGUCACGUGUACGAGUACAUCCCGCACCCCCUGGGUCACAUGUGCAAAAACCCCAUCUACCGCUCGCGGGAGGGCAACUCCGUGGAGGAUUACAAGGACCUGCACGAGCUCAAGGUCACCUACAGCGGCAGCAACCAUCACCUGCAGCAUCAGCAGCCGCCGCCGCCGCCGCCGCCGCCGCCGUCCGCGUCCCAGCAUCCGCAGGCGCAGCCGCCGCCGCCGCCGCUGCAGCUGCAGCCGGGGGAGGACCGCGAGGGCCGCCACCUGCGGAGCCCCGCCUACAGCGUCAGCACCAUCGAGCCCCGGGACGACCUCCUGGCGCCCGUGCAGGACGCUGAUCGCUUCUACAGGGGCAUUUUAGAGCCAGACAAACACUGUCCCACCGCCCCAGCCGGCAGCAGCCUCCCGGAAUACCCUAAAUUCCCUUGCAGCCCCGCUGCUUACACGUUCUCCCCCAACUAUGACCUGAGACGCCCCCAUCAGUAUUUGCACCCGGGGGCGGGGGACAGCAGGCUGCGGGAACCGGUGCUCUACAGCCCCCCAAGUGCUGUGUUUGUAGAACCCAACCGGAACGAGUAUCUGGAGUUAAAAGCAAAACUAAACGUUGAGCCGGACUACCUCGAAGUGCUGGAAAAACAGACCACAUUUAGUCAAUUCUAAAAAAAAAAAAAAAAAAAAAAAAGCAAAGAAACUCCGGUGGAGGUUUUGCAUUUAAAUAACAAAGCGAGCAGACACACGCGGCGAACCCGUUGGAUUAAUUGUGUUGUCUCAACGUUUAGGGUGAAGUGCCUUGGCACGGGAUUCUCAGCUUCUUGAGGGAAAGAUUACUGGAAGGGUGUGCAAUUUACACACGGGAAACAUUUGUGUAAGCUGGGCACGUAUGUUGGGGGGAGGGGUGAGUAGAGGAGCAGGGCUUGAAGGAGCGCGAUGCGUAGCGAGGAUGACUUGUCAGAAGUAGCAGUCAUUUCUGUCCCUGGUUGGCAGUGUUGGGAAGGGUGGGCAGGUGUAGCUAGUGCGCCUCCUUCUUGACUCCUCCUCCCUAGUCCUUUUCUCCCGUUCCAAGCCAUGGGUGGGACUGGAUGGCUUUGCUGGAGAGAUUAGCACACCCCAACUUUUAAUAGGAAGUUUGUUCUCUCUCUUCCCUUCCCACCCCUCCCACCUCCCUUCUUUACUCCUUUCCUUUGUUUUUAAAGGAUGUGUUUAUAUGCAUUCUGGACAUUUGAAUUAAAAAAAAAAAAAAGAAGUCUUGUGAUCCAGAAAUGGAUCAUGAUAGAUGUGGACAAAUCAUUAAAAUGAGAGAGCUAUAUGAUCCAUAAUUGAUUAGUCAAAAUAACUUAUUGAUGAAAUAUACAAAUAUUUUAUUGUAGCACCUAUUUUUAUAUGCACAUUUAGCAUUCCUCUUUCCUUCACUCUUUAGCCUAUGAUUUUCUUCACAGAGGUGUCUGGUUGUAUUAGGAGCUGCAUUUCAAAAUUGAAGUGAGAGCAGAAAGGCCUUUUACAUCUUUAAAGAUAGGGAGCUUUUUGUGACAAAAUAUUUAAAAGUCGAUGCACCCCACCCAAUUGGAUCUGUAAUUUAAAAAAUUAGCUGAUUUUAUCCCAGUGUAUAAAAAAAAAGGAAUUGAUUGGGUCAUUUGAGAAUUGUAUGGAAAUUUUUGGUUAUAUCAGAAAUUAAAAAGAAUUUUUAUUAGUGAACCAAAUGAUGUAUGGAUUUGACUACUAUUGUAGCCGAGCUUUGAUUGUGUAACCAAACCAAAUUGUGUUUGUACAGACCCAGGUGAACUGGCACCUCAGAAGACCACUUGAUGGACUGUACAAGUCUGUACCCAUGUCUUCAUCCCUCUGGGCAGCAGGCAGUGUUAUAAUGACAAACAGGAUCUCUGUAAGAUGGGGCUACUGUUGUUACAGUCUCAUAUGUAUCCCAGCACAUGUAAUUUUUUAAAUAGUUUCUGAAUAAACACUUGAUAACUAUGUCCAA